AUGGAAACUGAUUUCAAUGAGAGUUUCCAAAAUGAGCUGCAGAAGGAAAUCGAAAAACGAAGGAAUGGCAUCAAUAAACAUUGGAAAUUAUCCUCAUGUAUCAGUUAUGUCUAUGAAAAUAAGAAAUGGUUUCAUGCUAACCUUCUCAAUUCAGAUGUUACUUUGAAGUUACCAAAUUCUAUUUUCUUGCCACCAUCACAGGUUGUCAAAUUAAUGGCUGAAUAUGAUGCUGACAUGACUACAGUUGAAUUAUUACGAAAAUCGGGAAAUUUUUCGGAAUAUGAAAAGUCAGAAGAGAGAAAACCCAAAAGUGAUCAGCCGUCGACAAAAAGUAGCGAUGAGAACAAGCAACACCAAGUAACUCCUCGUGAAGAAUAUUGGUGUGGAAAUUUGGAAUGCCCCUUUUGUGCUUCUGAAUUCGACAACGAACAUCGCCUUAAGCUACAUCGCAGGCAAUGCAAUUUUGCAAAGACGGGGUUUACGAUGAUGGCGACAAAGAAACAAGCUUUGUGUGCAAUCAAUGAAUUUAUGUGGGAUCCAGAAAUUACUGCUUUCGAAUCAAAAUGGAAAGAUCGUUGCUUUAUGUCAUGGAUACAUGCAUCACGACAGCAUGGCUUUGAAGAUCACAUGAGCAUGAAAUGUAUUUUGGAUUUCGAGGCGCAAAACUAUCGUGCGAAUCAAGCGGAAUCAUCCGGAUCAAAUCUAACGCGAAAAAGGAAAUCAAAAAAUUCAUUUCAAAGCAUUGCUCGCUUAAUGAAAAGAAAUAAGUUGUGA